UCUUAUCCUCCCACCACCUCAUGUCACACGAUGCUCCACUCCCACCACCGCCUCCUCUCCUUCUCCCCACCGCCUCCCAUCUCCGUCCACCGCCACCGCUCAUUCCCCAACCCUCCUCCCCUUCCCCACCGCCGCCGCCCCGUAUUCCUCCUCUGUGCCCAGCCAUCCCUAGCCGAGUCUCUCGAUCCCAUUCCACCGCCACAACCAUCAGAUGAACCCCCGGUCGACGAAGGUCCGAUCGAGAUCCUUUCCUCCAAGCCCCCCGUUUUCUCCAAGGAUGACAACCCUUCCCCUCUUCAGGUCACAACUAGUGUCCUCCUCACCGGCGCCAUCUCCGUCUUCCUCUUCCGGGCCCUCCGCCGCCGCGCCAAGCGCGCCAAGGAACUGAGGUUGAGAUCGACGGGGGUGGAGAAGACGAAGAACUUGAAGGACGAGGCAUUGGAGAAAUUGAGGGCCAUCGGAGCUACUCCGGUGGAGCCUGAUGUCCCUCCGUCGCCUGUUCAGGCAUUGUUAGGUGGGAUUGCGGCCGGUGUCAUUACUGUCAUCUUGUAUAAAUUCACUACUACUAUUGAAGCUUCUCUUAAUCGUCAGACCAUUUCCGAUAAUUUCUCGGUUCGUCAAAUGACGAUAACAAUUAGGACUAUUGUGAAUGGUUUAUGCUAUCUCGCAACCUUCGUUUUCGGAGUCAAUUCUGUUGGCUUGAUUCUAUACGCAAUUCAGCUUUCUUUCAGUUCUUUGACAGAGAACUUAAAUAGCCCAAAGUCAGCUGAAGAUGAUCGGCAGGUAAAUAAUGCUAUGCUUUCUACUGAAAAUUCUGUAGAUAAUAUUGAGUCAAUAAGUGAAGACGUGCAAGGCAGCUCAAAAGACCCCACAAAGUAAUUGAGUUUUAGGGCAGAAGUCUUGGAUCUGUCACUUAAAAUAUGCUUUUUAUUCCUUAUAUUUAAUUUGAUAUCUAUUCACCAUGCUUAUGUAAUUCAUGUACAUAGAAUUACAAAAAAAAAUAAAUAAAUAA